AUGCUCGCCUUUAUAUCAACCUUUGCCAUGAACAAAGUCCGAGAACGCAUGCAGGGUUUCAUUGCCAAGCGGCAAGAAUCAAACUGCCCACCAUCGGGGCCGCUUGUGCCCCGUGCUUUCACCAUGACGUUGGAACACUUUCUGGACUUCGACGAUGACAUCCUGGAAAUGGGCAGAUGCGGGUCGAUAUUCGUCCGCAGGUACUGCGGAUCUUGGGAUGUGUCACAGCUGGGGCUGCGAGCUGCCAACAUGCCUUUUCCCGAGCUUCAAGUUCUAGACAUAGGUAACUCAGUACUAAUGGCUUGGACCGAGAUCAGUCAGGUUCUUGUGAAGCCAUUUGAGAUCACAUAUCAUGGUCGAUACGUUCUGAUGACAAAGGCUGUACAACAGACUAUCGAGAUGGCUUCACUUACUAGUCGUUUUACAACAGUCGAGCAUGAGGUGCAGACUAGCCCGCUGACGUUUGCGGAGAAGCCGUCGGACUUAAGCCGUCCGUUCAUCGGGCCAACGACGUCUCUAGGAGAACCACAAACUCUUCUACAGUUUUGGGUGAAAUACAACAUUGCCACCUCUUUACCUACCGCCAACUCAUUAUCCGAUGAGAUCGUAUGA